AUGCAUCGCAACGGCAGAAUAUUCGCGAUGAAGGACCAGAGGUGCGCUGCAGUGGAUGACAGAGCUGUGAAGGAAAGAAGAAUUUCUCAUGCUCUCGACUCCCCUUUCCUUGUGAAAACCUAUUACGCAUUCGAAAAAGAUCUCAGCUACUAUACUAUCAUGGACUACGCGGAGUGGGGUAGUUUGAAAGAACACGCUCAGACAAUUCGGGAUUUCAAGUCCGAAGAGCUUCUCAAGCUAAUAUCGGCACAGGUCGUCUUAGCGUUGGAGUACAUGCACGCUUGCUUUUGCGUCCACAUGGAUCUGAAACUGAACGAUAUCCUUCUGUUCUGCGACGGAUACGUGAAAGUCGGUGAUUUCGGUGUCGCUCAAGCUCUCGGAGACGUGAUCUUCGAUUUCGCGGGCAAACGAGGGAACAUCGACCAGCAAACAUCGAGAACUUUGAUUGCCCAAAAGGUUGCCAUGGAUUGGUGGGCUCUCGGCUCGCUCAUCAACGAGCUGUUGCCCGACUCUGGGGGUUUGCCUGCCGGGCACUAUCCGAAACCUGCCGGAAAUGAUGUGACCGACCUCUUGCGUAAGCUGCACGAGGCGAGCAUUUUAGAACGCAUUGGAGUGAUGAAGGGCGGCUCGAAAGAUGUCAAGGAUCACGCCUGGUUCAAGGAUGUGGACUUCAUGGAAGUCUACCAGAAAAAAAUUCCAAUGCGAGAGAAAUUACCGCCGAAUCUGGAGCGACGGGACUUGAUUCGUACAGCGAAAUUCACCUCGAACUUCCCGACUACAGAUUAUUUCGAAAUCUAA